AUGUCCGAAGUCACUUUGAGCAGCGUCAUAUACACAGCGGUGAAACCGAUGUUCGAAAUCUACUUGCUCAUGGGAACCGGCGUUAUCCUAAGCAAGCGAAAAGUCCUUACGGUAGAGACAUCCAAGAACCUCUCGGAUGUCAUUAUCACAAUCAUCAUCCCGUGUUUGAUUUUCAACAAGAUAAUCACCAGUAUUACCACCUCCUCUAUCAAGACCAUCGGGAUCAUUUUCUUCCUCGCGACCGUAAUCGUCUCCACUGGGGGCCUUUUGAGCUUUCUUGUGGGUAAGGCUACCAAGUCUCUCAAAAGAUGGACAGGGGGUCUAUUUGCGGUAGGAAUCUUCCCAAACAUUGCUGACUUGCCUAUCGUGUAUGUGCAAGCGUUGAAUAGCGGUGUUGUCUUCUCACAGAAGGAGGUUGACAGUGGAAUUGCCUACAUCUGUAUUUUCUUUGCGGCAUUUAUCUUUUAUCAAUUCAACUUGGGUGGUUAUCGCUUGGUUGAGCACGACUUCAGAGAUCAGAUUAUGCCGAACGACGAAGAAAGAGAUAUGUCUCGGGACGAAAACUUGGAAAUUUCGGUGUCAUUAGAGAGCGAGAAGUUAUCCCAGAAAGUCCUCAAAAGGAAGCAUGGGAAUUUAGAGCCAGAACUAGCCCAUUUCACGGUUGAAAGAUACUUUCAUUGCCGGUUGAACGUUCGAUCCAUGUGA